AUGACUGACUUUGAUCUGUCGUAUACUCCCUGCCUGCUGGAUGAUGAUAUUUUCACCUUUGAGACAUGCGAUCGUAGUGAAGUUCAAAUACUAGAUACAACACAAGAGUCUGACAUCACAGGUGGCGUAUCCGAGUCUGAGUUCCAGAAUUCCCUCAACGCCCUUUUCAAGACCAUUGUUGAAGAACACUGCGACGAUGAAUCGGAUAAUACAUCAGUGUCCACAGAUUUGGAUAGAACUCCUCCCUUGACGUCUCUCCUUGCAGUUUGCGACACAGAAACAGAAAUACACACGCCCUGUUCUCCCCCACCAUCAUUCUUUCACAGAAAUGGCCCAGUCGACACCCCACGCACCAGUCCAUCGCCCACAGAAUCGUCUGUUGCAGUCAACCCAUUGCUGGACAAUGACCUCCGAGAUGUCUUGGAUUCCGAGUGCAAGCAGACCACAUUUCCUAGUACGCUCUUUCAGUCCAUGUUGACAGAAAACAGCAUACCACCAACAAUCCGAGAGUGCGAACUGCUGAAAAGAUUCCGUCUCCUGGAAAAGUCCAAUGCAGACCAGGUGCGAGAGCUUUCUACGUUGUUUCGUUUCCAUGCAUCCAGUAUUGAGAUGAGGAGGAUGGACGUAAUGGCAGAUACCAGCCUGACGUCCCAUUACCGUGACUGGCUCAGUCAUCACUUUGACAGGCAAAUACAUCAGGUGAUUGACCGAGUGGAGAAAAGUCUCAGUCUUCUGGAAGAGAAAGAGAAGAAAAGUGUGGAGAAUCAGAUGAACUUCCUCGUCCCGGGAGUCAAGCGGAGACCACCAUUGUCCAAGCGAGCCGUACAGCUCAUGGAGGGUUGGUACCAGUCCAAUCUGCAUCAUCCCUAUCCUUCUGCCAUAGUAUGUGAAUCUCUGGCAGUCGCCGGUAACGUCACCGUCGAUCAAGUCAAGAAGUGGUUCGGUAACAAACGCAACAGGAGCAGCAACACCAGAACAAGAUCGGAAAUCGCCAAGAGGAAAUUCCGUAAUCGCCAUGGGAUUCAGGAAUAUGAUAUCCUCAGGGCUCUUGAGUGUGGCUACUAACUCUUCAGACACUUAUGUUUACGCACGUACUGAAUCUGGUGCAAAAUAGUGCUAUGUAUGUUUGCUUGAGUUGUAUAUUGCCGUGUAUUCAUUAUGCCAGUUGUAGCAUAGACUUGAAGUAUUUUUUGAAUGAAGCGACAGAGUGCUUAUUUGUUAUGUUUGUACAAUAAAUAAUAACAUCA